CCCUAAUGGAUCCAGGAAGUUUAUUGUUAUUAACAAAGAUAUCAUUUCAUCUAUUAGAUAAAACAGAAUAGUAUACCACACAGAAAGAUAUUGAACAGUGAAAAAAUAUUAGAAAUGAAAAGUAGAAUAUUUCUGUUAGUUUUUGUAGGGAUAUUUGUUAACAAUGAGGCUUUUGGUCUAAGCAAAGAAAUGGCUGCAUUGCAAUGCAAAUCUAAGUUCAGAGUACCAUACAGUGAUAUAGAAAAAAUAAAAAACCGUCUGAUGCCUGAAACUAAGGAAGGAAAGUGCAUGAUGGCCUGCAUAUUGAAGAAAUUAAAAGUUAUUUCGAAAGAUGGGAAGUUUCAAGUUAAUACAGUCAAGGGUUGGAUUGCAAAUAAGUAUAAAGAUGAUACUAAAAAAUUAAACAGAGCCUAUGCUAAAGCAGAUGCUUGUGCAGAAGAAUUACCGACUUUAGGAGAAAAUGAAUGUGAAUAUGCAGUAAAGAUUUUGGAAUGUUCUAUGCGGAAGAAAAAGCUAAAGAUUGCAACAUAAGCAUUGUGUGAAAAACAGAAUAGCAGGAAGAAACCUGGCAUUCGAACAAGAUUAAAGGAAAACUUCACAAUUGCAUUUCAAAUUUUUAAGAACACUAAAUAUCUCUCUAUUAUAUCAAAUAAAUAAAUGAUUUUGAAAUAAUAAGCUGUAUUCUUGGUUUAACAGAUAUAUGUAUAAAAUGUUU